AUGGGGCUCUCGGUCGACUAGUACGUUCCCAAUCCCCUGCCUGAAACCCCACUGCCUUCUAACAUAUCGUCAGCAACACCCGACCGGGCAGCUCUUUCGCAUCACUCGUGAUUGGAGACGCUUUCCAAGAACAGCAUAAGAUUCCUCCAGAGGGCAGUAUGACGGAAGCGGAAACUCUUACGCUCGCGGACUUUGGUUUUGCGGACGCGGAGGAAGUCGAAGACGCGAAGCAUUCGAUGCCUUUGGGGGCGUUCGAGGCUGCCCAUGGGGUGAUCGAGGGGCUCGAGAACACGAGCGGAGACGAGAAUGCGGCCAUCUCGAUGGAGGUUGACACCGAUGACAGUACGAGGAGAGCUGAUAUCGCUACAGGGAGCGAGACGGUUCAAGCACCGACUGGAUACGCCGCUUUCUUCCGAGCAAAUCCGGAGAUGAAGAGAUCGGGUAGGCCUAAGGGUUGGAAGAAGUCGAUCCAUAUGAAGGCGAAGUCUGUGCAAGGGGAUCCGUCCAACACAGCGGCCAGCAAACGGAAGAGCGUGAAGGGGCAGAAGCCGGCCAAAGGCGAAGAAGCCAGCAGAGCGGCCUCGCCUCCUAUACCAGUCAAGACUGAAGCAUCUUCUGAGCAAGGCAAAGGAUAUGCCGCUUUCCGCAAGGUCAACCCGCAUAUUGAGAAGAAGGUCGGUCGGCCUGUGGGGUGGAGGAAGGCGAUCCACGGGAAGCGAGCUACUGCAAACACGGACGAGGCGGAACCGGAGGAGGAAACACAAGUGAACGUCCCAGUGAGAGGCAUCGAGGACGAAGAUUUACCAUUGUCUUUCUGGGAGGGUGUUCUUGAAGCUGCCGGUAUUGCGAUCUCGAUCGAAAAGAACGAUGAGAGUGGAAGGCGGGAUUCAGUCCUCAACUUGCAGUCUCGGAAUUAUGUCGCUUCAGAGCCGUCAAGAGGAAAGGAAGACAAUGGGGGACUUUCCGUGGCUCUUGGCCUACCAUCCUCUCUCUAG